AUGGCUACGCCGCUGCAGGCGCCGCCAGGGCCUGCGGCAUCAUCGACAAGCACGACAAACAAUGCGAUCCUCAACAUCACACGGCCGCAGCCGCAAUCACAACCACCAGCACCGAAAGUCCCAGCCUCCGCACUCCAAGAAAAGCUGCUCAGGUUCUUCGACAAGCCAAUUGAGCUAUGGGGAUUCGAUCAGAUCGAAGCUUUCAAUGCCUUCAGUAUCGAACUGAAGAGCGCGAAGACCGAUCUCGAUCCUCUCGAACUCCAAUCAAUCAAGCUGAUUGCGAACUACCUCCUCCAGUGGCUCGGGCGCAUGCUGUUCAUGGAUCUCCUCAAAGACGUCCAUUUCGAAUGGUUCGACGCCAACCUGUUCCCGCCGAACGCCUUCCUUGGAAUGGAGCCACGCGAUAUUGGCGGAGCCUGUGGUGUCAGCACAACCGGCGAGAGAUGGGACAUGUGGCUCGGUAUACUGCUGCAUGAGGCGACACAUGCGAUUUUCACUCAGGCUUCCAUCAAGCCGCCAUCGUCGCCGACAGACCACUUCGCAGCCUGGCACAUGGUCGCGAAGGCGGUCGAGACCCGUUUCCUGACCGAGCUCGGUCUCGCGGUCGAUUUGGCCCGUGGAGCUGCACUGAUACAUGAGUACAGCACGGGCUACCGAACCGAUCUUACCGACGGCGAGCUGUUUCAUUGUUUCGAGGGACAGUUCACGUACCGUCCUCACCCCUUCGACGGUAGCUCCGGUGCUCUGUUCGACCACGCACCCAAAGGCUAUAUGCACACCAUCAUUCCUUAG